CUCCGCGGAACCCGUAAUUCGCAAUGCGCAGGCUCAGCACCCGGCGGUAAAUUCGAGUGAGAGAGGGAACGGGUGAAAGUGGAAUUAGGGCAGAUAGAGACAGAGAUAGAGAAAUAGAAAAAGAGAAGUACCGCGAGGGUUUGUCAGUUAAAGGUGGGGAAAUGCCGUGAAGGGAUUGGGGUAGCGAGACAUUGGUCUACUCCCUGUGCCGUGGGGACAGAAGAGAAAGAAAGAACGAAAGAGAGGACUAGAGGAGAGGAGGCAUACAGAGUGUGAAGGGCCUGAGGGACAGGUUCAGUCGAGGAGUGAGAUUGGGACUGGGAGAGUGGAUCAGGCUCUGGCACAGGGACAGUGAGCUUCCCUCUAUGGAUUUACAUAGGGCUUCAACUAUAAUCUAGGGAUUGUAAUAGUGAGAAUCAAAUGAGAGAGGGGCUCAAGUUAUUAGGCCGGAUUUCUAAACGGUUUGAGUUUGAUAGACCGUGAAUGCAAUGCUGCUUUGUUCCGCUUAAUUAUGUUGAAGAAUGAGGCAAAUCAAGAAUUUUACAGUGACCUGAUCAAUUAAUGGAUUGUGAGCUAAUUUUGUUAUAUUUGAUAGUGGAUGUACUGUAAUUGAGAUUAAUCAUAUUCAUUGAUAACUAAAGAAUAAUUGAUAGCAAAACACAAAAUUUGAGAUUGUGAAAAGAGAACUCUGUUUUUUUUAAUAAUGUUAUUAAUAAUAAUUGUUGAUUAAAGAGUGGGAGUAAACCAACUCGAUAUUAAGUUGAAGCACUAGAUUGAAAUGGGGUUUCUAAGUUCACAGGAAUUGUUUAGCAGUAAUCUAUAAAGUACUCCACGUUUAUCUGAAAAGGCUAAGAUAUUAAGAGCAAACUCCAUUCAAAGGAAGCUGGAAAAGAAUUGCUACAUAACAUUAGACCUGAUCAUUUGGCUCACUGAAGUACUGAAUCAACUGCUUGACAAUGGCAUAGAUGCAAUGGAAGCUGAAGAAGUUUCACUGGUCAGUGAUUAUGACCUAGAAGUUGGAUGAGACAAAGACUCCUGUGCUCAGCUAUCUCUUCAAGUAAACUACAUCAUGGAAUUUUGAGAGAGAAGAAACUUAAAACUGAUUGAAUAAGUUGUUAAAUUGCAUUGAAAUCUCAGUUUCAGAAAAUGAGAAGAAGUCUAGCCCCAAGUCAGCUUGCCAAGCGAAAGCCAGGACAUUUGUCGGAUGAUGAUGAUGAGGAUGUGAUGGGACAUGAACUCAGGCCUCCUGGCCCAGAGUUAGGGACACUACUACCAUGCCACAAAAUCCCUGAAGCCUACUGCACCUGGUAUUCUCGGAGUCCAAAACGGCGCAAACUGGCAUGUCAGCGAGACAAUGGUGAAAAUUUUAUGUCACCAUUUCGGAAACCGCUAGCACAACUAACUAAUCGACCUGUGUGUCUUGACAGCAGCCAGCAUGAGGCUUUCAUUCGUAGCAUCCUAGCCAAGCCUUUCCGAGUGCCUAUUCCAAAUUAUACAGGGCCCUAUAACAAAGCAUUAAAAGUGCAGGCCUCAUAA